GCCACUGGAGUGAGGGGGAGCGGAAUGUAUGGGACUCGGUGGCGGGCGGCUGACGGGAGUGAGAGGCAAGGCGGAGCUUCUACUUAGUGACAACGCGAGGGCGAGGGUUCCAGUUCCAAGGAUUCGUCACCCCGCCGGGGGAGCGGGUCAGCUCGCUCGGCGGAGGCAGAGGCGCGGGCGCCUCGCGCACCUUGUCCCUCGCGCGACUCCGUCCGCGCAGCCCGCGGUUUGGUCGCGAGCGGCCGCCGCGCUAAGGUUCCGGUUCCGGCUCCGGCUGGAGUCUGCACCGUCGGCGACGGUGAGCAGCCAUGGCGUACUCCACAGUGCAGAGAGUGGCCCUGGCCUCGGGUCUCGUCUUGGCUCUGUCGCUGUUGCUGCCCAAGGCGUUCCUGUCCCGUGGCAAGCGGCAGGAGCCGCCGCCGGCUCCCGAAGGAAAGUUGGGCCGAUUUCCUCCUAUGAUGCAUCAUCACCAGGCACCUUCAGAUGGCCAAACCCCUGGGGCUCGUUUCCAGAGGUCUCACCUUGCGGAGGCAUUUGCAAAGGCCAAAGGAUCCGGAGGCACUGGAGGAGGAGGUAGUGGAAGAGGCCUCAUGGGGCAGAUUAUUCCAAUCUAUGGUUUUGGAAUUUUUUUAUAUAUACUGUACAUUCUGUUUAAGCUCUCUAAGGGAAAAACUACUGCAGAGGAUCGUAAAUGUUCUCCUGCCUCAGCUGGAAACAGCCACAGGAAAAUUACCAAUUUUGAGCUUGUUCAACUGCAAGAAAAAUUGAAGGAGACAGAGGAAGCCAUGGAAAAAUUAAUCAACAGGGUGGGACCUAAUGGUGAGAGCAGAGCACAGACUGUGACUUCUGACCAAGAGAAACGAUUGCUACAUCAGCUCCGAGAAAUCACCAGGGUCAUGAAAGAAGGAAAAUUCAUUGACAGACCCACUCCAGAAAAAGAAGCAGAGGAGGCCCCAUACAUGGAGGACUGGGAAGGUUACCCUGAAGAGACCUACCCGGUUUAUGACCUCUCACAUUCUAUCAAGCGUAGGCAAGAAACUAUCCUGGUGGAUUACCCUGACCCACAAGAGCCCUCUGCUGAAGAAAUAGCCGAAGGAAUGGGAGGAUCAGAUCACUCGGGCUGGGAAAGCGUGCCUGCCAACCUCCGAGCCCAGGAAGGUAAUUCUGCUGCCUCGUGUGACCCACAGCCAGAACCCUGCUCCUGCCAUUUUCAUGAAGAGGAUCCUGCUGUCUUGGCAGAGAAUGCUGGAUUCAACACAGAUGGCUACAGUGAGCAAGAGGAAGCCCCCAAGGAAGAGUGGCCCCCGAACUUCAGAGCCGAGUGGUUGGCUGUCGGUGCUGACAGAGCGUAUGCAAGUGGCAUGUUGAGGAAGCGUAGCCCCCAGGGUUUUGAGUGACACUUGUCUGUGAGGUAGCUAUUCCCCUAGUCCCACAGUGACCUUUCUCUCUUCUCUGGUCGCAUCCUUGGCCCGUCCCCUUCUUUCUGUGCACUCAACUGUCAUAGCUAUCAGAUCUUCCAUGGAUAUCAUGUGUCCUUCCUGGUGCUCACACAUGUCGCCUUGUGCAGACAUUAGUGUGGACACAGGGACAGCUUUUUCACUCCUCUUCCUGCUUUUCCCAGUCAGAGAAGUUGAACCACUGAGUGACUCUAUUUGGUCUGUCGUGAUUACAGAUGGGACCUGUCGGGGCAAAGGCCUGACUCUUCCUCUAGGGGUAGCAGAUGGUUUACCCAUGAACAAACAUCAGCUUAGAUGAUGGUGACUUAAGUCUGCAAGAGUGAAGAUGUCAGACUCCAAGCUGCCUUGAGCAGGUUAGUGGUCCCCUGGGGAGAUGAGAAUAUUUUGUUGGUGGGAAUGCUUACCCAGAGCAGGGUAAGCCCCUGCUGUCUGAGCUGAAGUCCCUCCCUGCAGCCCUAAUCCCUCAUCUGACCACCCCCCCGACUUGUUUCCAGAGUGGCAGGAGCCACCCACUGACUUGACCGACAGUGAGCCUAAAGCCUGUUUGGCUAGGCUGUUGCCUGGAUCUCUAGCUCCCUUUACCCUUGGUCUGCUUAACAGAACUGCUAAUCCCUAAAGCACCUUUACACCUCGUUACACCAAGGGAAGCUUUAGAUUAUGUCAGUCCCUGCCCUGUGGAGCUGAGAUUUGAUGCUGCACGGAGGACCCAUGCUUGGCAAUGCCAAGGAGCCAGCCACAGGGGUGAGAACUCGAGUACCUGUGGACAGUCCUUGCCUAGAAACUGCUUCUGGUGUUGUGUUCUUUGGGAGACCGAAUUUAAAGAGAAGUGAGGCCUGAGCUCGUCCUCAAGCGCCACCUACCAGGAAAGCUGUGCCGUGCGCUGCAGAGCGCCUGUGGAGCAGCGCCCCAGGAGGCGGCUUUUGUGAAGCUGGGCAGAGUGGAAGUAGAUUGAGAGCUGAGAUGAGACGAUCCUGGCCAAGCUGAAGGCAUGUUCCCAAGGACGUCUCAGUUGGGGGAUGUGCAGGACUCGAAUAGUAGCAAAUUUUGCAAAGGUAGAUAAGCUUUUAGAGCUCCACUGUGCCUGGCAGAAGAUGCCAGGAAAACAGAUCACACACACAAGCACACAGAGUGCUGUCCGAGGUACUCUGUCCGCUCGCUUGGCAGUCCUGACCCACAGAGAAAAACCCCUGAAGCCCACUGCACCGCGUUCCUGGGUAGAACGCUGGACUUGUGUUGAAGAGUGCUGUUUAACACGCACCGAGGAUGUAUCCGAGGGAACACCCAAGGUAACAAAUCAUCUAGGUGCUCUUCACUGUCUGAGUUACGCAGGCAGACAAAAAUGGCUCAUGAUCUAUUUGCCCUUCUACUUACAGAAUCUUGGGUCAGCUCCUGCAGCUUGCUGAGCUUUGGCUUCCUCAGCUAUCAAGGAGAGUAAGUCUAGGUCUUAGAGAGUAAAUGAAGUCAUCAGUAGACAUAAACCAGCACCGGUUCCAGCUGCAGCUCCUACAUGAUAAGCACUCAUUAUGUGCGAGCAUAAACCAUUGUACUAUGAAUAUAGCUGUCCCUGUGAUACAGACCCAAAGCCAAGAAAUAAUUUUUGCCAAAGUACUUCCAAGACACCUGACAGAGGUGGUGGGCAAGGAAGAGAAAGGACAUUUUGGGUAGAAACGGUGUUGGAGGAAACAUGUGUGGAUAGUUGUGACUUGUGAUGUGGCUGGAAAGUGAAAUGCUGCAUAACCAACCCUAUUUUGAAUGUCAGUCUUUGGGGAAAAUUAAUUGGCCUAUGGAAAAGGUUUGUGCUGAAGUACUGCGCCCUGCAUGGGAGCACUCUUUCCGGCCGGUUAUGUUAUUUUGAUUUACCCUUCAGAAAGUCUUUUUCAGAAUCACUUUGUCCUUUAGGGAUGACAGUGACGUGGAUGUUCAUUCUACACUGAGCAAAACCACGUGAUGGGUUUCUGUUGCAGGGAGUGUGAGCGUGUUCAGUCUCAGAGGGGUGAUGCAGCCAGGAGAGCUAGGUUCCUGGUCAGAGCAGGAACACAAGGUUAGCCUCGUGAGCGCCUGCAGCUGAGGUGUGUUUGGUCAUUGAAGCCACAGCAGGUGCACAGAUGCCAAAUAACUUACAGUGCAAAAUGGAUAAAGAAUACUUCGCCAAGACAAUAGGGGUAAACCAGGACUACCCUGGAUGUGAGGUCACUCUGUCUAUGACCGUUUUUCUUCAACCUGAUUCCUAAAUAAACAAAAAAACUUCUUUCCUUUUUAGACCA